UCCCGUGUCUUGGCCAAGUAAACACUUUCUGGGAAAUGAGCCAAACUAACCGACAGUUAUCUUGUAACACAGUUUGGCCACGGGGGAAGAAAAUAAAGACGGGCGACGCUGUGAGCGCUCCCAGCAUGGCGCAAAACGCCGAGGAAAGUCCGCUCUAUGUCACCAAAAACUCAGCGGGGAACGGUGGAAGGCUGAAAGAGCCGCACAAUGCGGACCCGAGCACCUACGGAUCCGGACACGUUAAUGCGCUCGCCUGUGACAUGGAGAGACAGUGCUGUCAAACAGCUGCUGUUCCCCGGGAGGAGCUGUUAAACGCUGACUGCCGUGUGGGCGACAGCCGCUCGUUUUCUGCCUGCGCCACAAUCUCAGAAACAGCCAGGGAGCUGUGCAAGGCUGUGUCCGUGUCGCUGGGACUGGCCGUGGAGACCAGCGAGGCGAGCGACAUGGACGCUGCUCUCCCCCCGUGCGCUGCAAACGACCACCUUCGAGGAGAGUACCUGUUCGGAGUCGGAGCCGUGCCCCUGAGCUGUCCCGCAGCCCAGGCUGCUGUCACCGAGUACAAGUGCUCCGACCGGGAUGACCGGCCGGCGCACGGCCAGAAGCAACUGGUGGAUGCGUUCAAAAGUUCACAGACGGCUGCGCGUCUGCGGCACCUCGCCGCCACUCGGACGUGUGCGGACGAACAAAACUUCGCAUUGUGCAAGAAUGAUGACAUAACUUUAGAAGAGAUAGAUCAUCUGGACACAGCGCGCGCUGCCUCUUGCCCCUAUGCCCAUUCCGCGCCAAGCAAUUUGUCACACUUCGGUCAGGCGGCUGCGGAGGGGCCGUGCCGAGUCUACAAGCCACCCGACGAGGCGAGAGACUUCGGGGAAGCCAUGGAGAACAAGUUCGCCGGUUAUCAGCCAGAGCAGUUUAACCUGAAAAUCAAAUCUGAGGACUCUGAGUCCGCCGGGGCGUUGUGGUCCACUAAUUACACCUUUAAUGACAAGUACAACUCUCAGUUUUGGGGUUCGAGGCACAGCAUGAACGCACACGGCGCAGGACCCAGCAUCGCGUUAUGUAAUCCAUAUGACAGGAGCAUCGCGCGUCCGGAGCAGUGGUACCCCGGCGGGAUGCUGAGGCCGCCCUAUCCCAACUCCAACUACGUGAAGGCUGAAGUCGGGGAAUGGCUCGAUGUCGCCUACAACGACACCAGGUUUGAGGCUGGCAGAGAACACAUGUUCCCCAUGGAGUUCUUCUUCCCUCCACAGAGGACGUGCCUGAUCUGUUCGGACGAGGCGUCCGGCUGCCAUUACGGCGCGCUGACCUGCGGCAGCUGCAAGGUUUUCUUCAAAAGGGCCGCAGAAGGCAAACAGAAAUACCUGUGUGCAAGCAAAAAUGACUGCACUAUUGAUAAGCUGAGGAGAAAGAACUGUCCGUCCUGCCGGCUGAGGAAGUGUUUUGAAGCCGGGAUGACUCUCGGAGCACGUAAGCUAAAGAAGAUUGGACAACAGAAAAACCCUGAAGAGGAACAUCCUGUUCAGGACCCAUCAGAGGUCGUCCAGAACAUCUCUCCUAAAUCAGGCCUGAACUUCAAUUCCCAGCUGGUCUUCCUCAACAUUCUCGAGUCCAUUGAGCCCGAGGUGGUGAAUGCAGGACACGACUACGGCCAGCCAGACUCAGCUGCGACCCUGCUCACCAGCCUCAACGAGCUGGGAGAGAGACAGCUGGUCAAAGUGGUCAAAUGGGCAAAAGGACUGCCAGGUUUUAGAAAUCUCCAUGUGGAUGACCAAAUGACUGUCAUUCAGCAUUCAUGGAUGGGGGUGAUGGUGUUUGCACUGGGAUGGAGGUCCUACAAGAACGUCAACGGGAGGAUGCUUUACUUUGCCCCGGAUCUCGUGUUCAAUGAACAUCGGAUGCACAUCUCCACCAUGUACGAGCACUGCAUACGGAUGAGGCAUCUUUCACAGGAGUUCCUGCUGCUGCAGAUCACUCAGGAAGAGUUCCUCUGCAUGAAGGCCUUGCUUCUCUUUAGCAUUAUUCCAGUCGAGGGCCUGAAGAGUCAGAAGUACUUUGACGAGCUGCGUCUCACCUACAUCAACGAACUCGAUCGCCUCAUUAACUAUCGAAUGACCAACAAUUGUUCACAGAGGUUCUACCAGCUCACCCGGCUCCUGGACUCUCUCCAGAUGACUGUAAAGAAGCUCCAUCAGUUUACAUUUGACCUUUUUGUCCAGGCUCAGUCGCUGCCUACCAAGGUCAGCUUUCCGGAGAUGAUUGGAGAAAUAAUCUCAGUACAUGUACCAAAGAUCCUGGCAGGUUUGGCUAAACCAAUCUUGUUUCACGAGUAGAAGAUUUUUUUUUUCGAUGUAAGAGUGACUCAUCUUUGCUGCCUCCAUAAACUUUAACAAAGGUACUGUUUCCCUGCACCCUCGGUCUAAUAGCUCUCAGCCUUGUCCUGGAAUCCUUUUUUUCCCCCUUUUAGCCAUAAUUGAGAUAGCGUGUUCAAAACUAUUAAAGCUUUUAUCUGAAGCACUGCAAGGCAUCAUCUGUUGACAGCUCUGCUAUUUCUGAGUGCAGAGUUUGUGUGUUCAGCCGGAGCAGAUAUGCUUUUUUACAUACACAGUAAGCCUGUAAAUCAUGACGACAGCAACCUGAAAGUAGCAGGGUUAAGUUUCACAUGUGACCUUUAUUAUACACACACUCGACAAGGUUUUCAUAAAAACUAAAAAACAAGAGGAGCAGUGGAUCACAGAAGCAAACAAAUACUUAUUUCCCAUCAACUUACCAAAAUCUUUUUGUCUAAGUGCUGCCUUCAGGUGCACCUGCUAAGUUCUUGCUUGUGAAAUUUGGGAGUGGUGAAUACAGCUUGGGAGGCAUUUAAGUGCUUAAGUGCCUUAAAAUCAGAAUUGUUUUAAAAAGUCUCAUAAUUGAACUUUAACAUUAUUUUUAAUAAGCUUUCUAAGAAAUGGGUAAAGUCCUGAAAUACCGCCGUGACAUUAAAGGGUGCCACCGUUUUCUGUAAAAUAUGACAGUGACAAUCAAUGUGGGUCAAGUAUCCCAGCUGUAAACAUGAACUUGAUGUGCUACUUUAUACUUUGUGUGCCAUGAACUUAAAAUAUAACGACAAUCAAGGUGAUUGAAUCAAGUAGAGUGCUGCUUAGUGAUAUGGAAAUUCAACUAUACAAACAACUACUGUAUUUACUGCACACUCAGCUGAAGUGGGUCUGGCAACAAUCGAAGGCAGCGGUAGUAUAUCUGACUGUCUGACAACGAGAAAAACUUCCAUGCCUGACUGUGCUCAUCCAGUAUUCACUUUAAAUCAAAGUGACUGAAGGCCUAUUUACCUUGUCUUUGGGAAGGACAGCGGUCAAGAUGACAGGUCGUGUCAGGUUGUAGGUCGGGUGUUGUAUAUGAGACGAUCAUGGGGUUACAUACUGUUAAACUGCAAACACUACGUCGCCCUUGUUUGAUUGAACCGGAGCAACGCAUCUGCAGACAUCUCGGCAACACGCUGCACGCUUGUUGCCGCUCUGCAGCUAACAGCAGCAAACGUGGAGAGCUCUUUUCUUGAUGUUAUUAAUUUUACAGCGUUAACUUAUAAAUAUGUAGUGUGUUAACUUGUUAAAGCAGACGCUAAUGUCACUAGUGAAGACGUUUUGAUACUCUUUUUCUUAACUCCACGGCAUUAAAGUUAUUGAUGAUUCAAGAUCAAAAUUGUGACUUUACAGUUCAAUCCGAAGGCAACUUUUACCAGUAAAUUCUAUUCUUACCAAAUCUGAGUCAAUGUUAAAAAAAUACAGUUAAAUUCAUAUUGAAACAGAAAUAUUACACUAUUUUCUGCAUGCCAAGCUAUCUCUGCUUAGAUUUAGGAUGUUAGACAGAAGCCAGAGGCAAGAGACGAACUAAUCAAACACCAACAAAGUCGGCGGCGGCUAUGCGCAGCUGCAAGCGCAGCUCUGCAGCCCGUCCGCCAUCCCUGCCAUGCAUCACGUGUCGACAGUGUCGUUCUGGGAGCAGCGGCAGGGAGACUUGAAGGGACACAAGGAGGAAAGCGUGGCACCAAAUACAGGCAAAUACCAAAUGAGAACUUGAUUCAGAGUGCCAGAGAUCUUAGGUUAGGGCAGUAAUGUUCCAGCAGGACAACAAACAGAAACCUACAGCCAACUCAAAACUGGAAGGGCUUCAGAUGGAGAUUGUUAAAGUCCUUGACUGAUCCUGCCAAACCUCUGAGAUGAAAACCAAGGAAAAAUCUGUGGAAUGCCUUGAAGAUAACUGAUCACAGACACUUGAGUAAAACUGUUGAGAAGCAUUAUGUAAUUGAAUUGAACAAUAGUUUUAUUUAAUUUAAAAAACCAAGCUGGUGAAACAUGAGGCACUUUGCACACACAACUUGGUGCACAUGAUGCAGACUGUAAAUUAGCCUGAAACGGCAUCUUUGGUAUAUGGACUUGAAUCGUAGCAGAUCAGCGUGUUUGUCACAAUCCAACGCAAACGAACCUUCAAGUGAACAUCUGUGUUAUAUUGUGCAUCGUUCAGUAAUUUUCAGCCAGGUUUUGUAACUGUAAAUAAACUUUUUAACAGUUCCGCGCUUCUUUCACAAGCUUGCAGAUGCAUGCAUCAUGUGUUUGUACAAGUGUGUGCACUUUGCAGCUGUAUGGAGUUUUUAGCUUCACAGAAAGCGAUGCAUGGACAUCCGCGUGUUCCUCCGAGUUUAGUGACGUGUUUCGCGUGUACUGACUGAUGAUGUCACCGUUGUUCAACGCGUGGGACGUCUGUCAGAAGGCAUGAUGACAUUUUGUUGUGCAGUGAACAGUGGUACGUUGACCACAGCGGUCAGGUUCACAUUUUUUUUGCAACUCGUCGAUAAACUUCAGUGGAGCGUUUAGUUUAGUGCUUUACUUCAUCUGCAUAAAUGAAUGUCUUCAUGUCUUUAUCUUGUCUUUUUUAUACAAUAUUUGCUAUGUGAAAAGAAACGGGGGAGGGGAGGGAGUCCAGUGGACAAAUACAGCUCAUCUAUGAGACGUGACCCCACCUCAACAGCUAAUUAUAGCCUGACAUGUGAAUACGAGUGUCUGCUGUCAUUUGAGAAAGCCACAGCUCAGUGUAAACUACACAGAGGUCUAAUUACGACACGAUAAGUACCAGAUUAUACACAUUUGCUGAAUGAUUUGGAGUAUCUGUACUUUAAGAAGUUAUGUUAUGCAAAAAAUUCAGAAAUAGAUAAUUACCAAGCCUUCUUACAUUUCCUGAAUGCACUAUAUUGUAAGACUGUUACUGUUGCAAUUAAGAUUUUACUCUUUAUCCUUCAAGUUAACAUUGGCUCUCAAUAAUGUUGUUCUUUUUCAAGCUGUUUUUGCUUCAUGAUGUAUUCCACAUGAAGGCGAUCAUGCACAUAGAUGCCUCUGUAGAUUCUUAAUACUCGUAUGAUUUAAUCACAGUAGGCUACAGUGUGUUUGCGUUCUGCAGCUGGUAUGUGUCCAGUGAACUGCAUAUUAACCUGGUUCUUUGUACAUGCUACAGUAACUGUAUAUAUUGAUUAGUUUAAUGUCUGUUUUGGUGUCCAAACACUUUUGAAGUCAUCUCUUGUAUGAUUUAUACCUUUUGUGACAUGUGUUUUUCAAUAUGUGUGUUUUUCAAAGGUGUAAAGCUGCAUCAUCUUUUAAAGGCAAUUAAAAUAAUUCUGACUCUG